GUCAACCGUUUGAUGAUCGUAUUAAUCACUUUCACAAUUAUGGUCAAUUUUUCAGUUUGCGCAGCCACUCGCGUGCCACACCCGGCACCGAUCAGCGAUCGAUAAUAAUGCAUUUUAUUUUUCUCGUCUGGUCAAGCGGUCCCGCCCCGGACGUGCAUUUUUUCAGUGCGCAUUCUGUAACCGUAUCCUUCAAUCUCGUACCGCACAGAUCUCCCUCGCCGGAGCCGAUUUACAGUAGCGAUGGCAAGCGGUUGAACACGCGUGAAUUCCGCACUCGUAAGAAGCUCGAGGAACAGCGCCAUCAGCUGAUCCAGCGCAUGCAGUCCCUCAACCCGGACUUCAAGCCGCCUUCCGAUUACAAGCCACCGGUGAUCCGUGUCAGCGAUAAGGUUUUGAUUCCGCAGGAAGAGUACCCAGACAUCAACUUCGUUGGGUUGCUUAUUGGGCCACGUGGCAAUACGUUGAAAGCGAUGGAGAAGGACACCGGGGCGAAGAUCAUUAUCCGUGGCAAGGGCUCGGUGAAGGAGGGUAAGGUGGGCCGCAAGGAUGGCCAACCAUUGCCGGGUGAGGACGAACCACUGCACGCGUUCAUCACGGCAAGCAAUCCGGAAGCCGUCAAGAAAGCGGUCGAUCGCAUCAAGGACGUAAUCCGCCAAGGCAUCGAGGUGCCAGAGGGCCACAACGAUCUGCGCCGGAUGCAGCUACGUGAGCUGGCCCAACUGAACGGAACGCUUCGUGAAACGGACGGUCCGCGGUGCAACAACUGCGGUUCGAAUGAGCACAAGAGCUGGUUAUGUCCGGAUAAGCCGAAUAUUACCAACAACAUCGUGUGUUCUGCAUGCGGUGGUACGGGCCACAUUGCCCGGGAUUGUCGCAGCAAGCGCCCGGGUCAUGGUGGACCUCCGGCCAGUGGCAAUACGGUCACGAAGAUUGACGAGGAGUAUAUGAGCCUGAUGGCGGAACUGGGCGAGGCACCACCCCAGGAUAGCCACGGGUACGGACAUGGUGGUGGUGGUAGCGGUGGUGGUGGAGGUGGUGGUGGUGGUGGUAGCGGUGGAAGCGGAAGCUCCCGUGGCUCUUACAACAUGUUCGAGCCACGUUCAGCUCCACGGCCGCUGAUGGCCACUCCACAUCAUCCGCCAUCACUGUUGGGAAGCACCUCCCAGAGUAACUCGCAGGCUGCAGGCGGUGGUGGAGGUAAUGCGGGUGGUGGUGGUGGUGGUAAUGGUCAUCACCAGUGGGGUCACGGUUCACAAAUGAUGCCGCUUCCACCGGCCCCACCGGCUCUGCCAACACCCCCACCACCACCCCCGAGCGUGCCCUCUUUGAUGCAAUGGACGGCGCAGCCGCCCGCUCCCCCCGGGGAAAAUCUUGUCCCUUCACCUCCAUCCUCCAGCUCAUACGCUAGCUGGAGCAAGGGCUGGUCGCAGGGAUCCAAUGGCUCGGUGAACGGAUUCGUUCCACCGCCACCGGCGUCGGCCCCUCCGCCGCCCCCACUACCCGGGAUCCCAUCCCACAUCUUAGCACCGCCGCCUCCACCACCACCAUCCUCCUAGAUGCUGCUGGUGUGCGAGUGAGUGCCAUAUGAAUGAUAUGACAACGCUAGUAGCCAUUAGAAAGCUCGGAUUCGUGAUUUAACCAUCCUUGUGUCUGGCGCGUUUCGCACAGAUAGAUGCUUCGUUGCUGUUCUUACCCACCCCACCCUCCCGCAUAUUUCCAUAGCCAACCAACUCCUGCGCAUAAAGCGCCGUAAAUGAUUCCGUAAAGUGGAAGCCAUCGCUUCAAGCUGGGGUUGCUCUUUGAACCCUUAUGCGUGCGUCUACGAUCAGUCAACUACAAGGCGUAAUAGACAAUAUAAUUUUGUCACACGCUCCUUCGCUUACGGUACUAUCUCGUACUGUUUUAAAAGUGUAUAAUAUUCUUUUUGUGAUGUUUCCAUCUGUCAGCUAAUUUGCAGGAUUUAAAAAUAUGUUUUUUAAUCUUUUAUACCUACUCCCCGUAUUACGAUUAUGAGCAUUUUCGAGAUCGCGACUGGCGGUCUUUCAACGCUCGUCUGGUUUUAAUUUUAGGGAUUUUGAAAUUUUCUAUUACUUAUACCGAUCACGUAACAACCACCAUGUAAUAAUCUUUCGAAUAAUAAACGUAUUUUAGGGCGACUAGAUUGCCAGUA